AUGGUUAAAACCAAAGAAAUAACAUCUAUAAAUUUAUCUAUCUCAAUACCUCAACUAGAAAUCUUGCCCAUACAUAGCUUAUCAAGUGCCAGAAAUCCUAAACAAGUAAUUUCUUUAAGCAAACCAGUAACAAAAAAGACUAGCAGAAAAAAGAAAGUCUUACAGAAUAAGGAACUUCCUAGUUCUAAUAUUGAUAAAACAAACUCUGAUGUAGAAUUAUCUAAAAGUGAAGAUCGAUCAGAAUCAAAAAUUAUAAAUCAUUUUAUUUUAUCAAUACCAGAAAGUGAUGUGCAAACUAGAAUAGAAAAUUUACGAGAAUAUAAAAAACAGCUUCAAGCUGAAUCUUAA